AUGAGAUACCCAGCGUUGUUGGUGAUCAUCGUGGCCCUUUUUGCAUCUAGCAACUUGGGCAGUCCUAUGCCACACAAAAUACUGGAAAGACGCAGCCCUGAUGGACAGACGACUCCAUCUGGUUCUCCGACGCCGCCAGCUUCACCAAGUUCCGGCUUAGGAACGACUACUUUUAGCUCUGAUGGACAGACGACUCCAUCCGGCUCCCCAACGCUGCCAACUCCGCCAACUUCUGGCUUAGGAACUACUACUUCCCCUUCAAGGUCACCAAGUCAGUUCCCGCCUCCGUCAAAAGCAGUGUCUCCAUCGCCAAGUUCGUCUGUGCCCCCUUCGCCUAGUGCAUCAAGCAAACCGGUAGUUGGUGGUCCUCGGGGUAGUUCACAAGUUGGCCCGAAUUCUCUUACAACGACCACUGCCUCCCCUACGCAACCACCUCCUCCAGGUACUAUGCCAACAACUAUCACCACCCAGCCACCGCCUCCUUCAAAUACUGGGCUAGGUACUACUAUCCUAACAUCAGCUCCUCCUCCAUAUACUGGACUGGGUACUACUACUCCAACAACUAUCACUACACCAGGGCCAGCUCCUCCAGAAGCUGGAUCAGGUACUACUACACCAACAACUACCACGACGACAAGGUCACCUCCCCCUCCAUAUACUGGACCGGGUACCACCACUACCUCCGCUCCAGUUCCGCCUGCAGGUACUUCUGCAAAGACAACUACCACACCUACUGUGCUGGCUACAACUCCAGGGACUAAGCCAGGAAUUACUACACCGACCACUUUCAUCCCCCCUCCGUCGGCUACAUCUGCAGGUCCUCCUACAACAGCCAGCAGCCGUCCUGCCCCUCCUCCCAACCCUGCGCCAGAUACUACGACACCAACCACCACCAUACCUGCAACAACUGGACCUCCGGAAACAACGGGAACAUCCGGCGGUGAUACUUCGCCAGGUGCUCCUCCAAACCCUGGCCCAACUGACGCUCCGCAAAAUCCCGCGAAGCCAGAUGCGGAAACAGGGUCAGACAUCACGACGACAUACGUAACAAUUGGAACGAUGACUACUUUCGUGAGCGCGGCUACUACACCUACCUCUCCUUCAGUAAACUUCAAUCCAGAUGCCAAUUCGACUACUGACCCUGGUGAAAACUCGGGCGACCAGGUCACAAAGUGGAUGACGACAACAAUGACAAUCACAGUGACCGUGACUGCAACAAACUUCAUAACGACCACUGUAACUUAA